GUCGGUCGAGAGAGGUAUCGAAGUCAGUUUAAUGAGAACUUUGUUAUGAAAUCGUUUGGAAAUGGAAUGUCCGCAUCUAAAUAAUCAAAUUAAAAUUAUUAAGACAGUGAAGAAAGAUACAUCAUCACUAGAAUGGAAUUGUUCUACUUGUCAUACCAAUAAGAGCCCAUGGAUAUGUAUCCAUUGUGGUGUUGUAAACUGUGGAAGAUAUGUUAAUGGGCAUGCUAAAGCACAUUUUGAAGAAAAUGUUGAACAUAUGAUUUGUGUGGAUUGUGAUAGUUAUGCUGCAUAUUGUUACCUAUGUGAUGACUUUGUAAUAAACGAUGUUAAAGAAUUGAAUUAUUUGCGUGAAAGGCUACAACUUUCAAAUGAUUUGGAAUCUGGAAAACCCUCAAAAAGGCAAAGCAUAAUAGCUGAAGGAGAAGAAAAUAAAAGAAGUAAACGAUAUAAAAAAGGUAUCAUCAAAAAAAGUUAUUGUAAGGCCAGAGUUGCUGGGCUUAGAAAUUUAGGUAAUACUUGCUUUAUGAAUGCUGUUCUGCAGUCAUUAAGCAAUAUACAGCAGUUUUCAUGCUAUUUUAAACAACUACCAUCUUUAGAAUGUAAAAACCCAAAGAAUGGAAAAAAGAAUAAUCAUAUCAAGAAAGCAAAUAAUGGGGAUGAAAUGCUUCUUGCUGAAGAAUUACGAAAAACACUGGUAUCAUUACGGCAGGGUAGCAAAAGCGCAAUUUCUCCUGAAUCACUUUUUGCCGUUAUAUGGAAAGUUGUUCCUCGAUUUAGAGGCUACCAACAACAAGAUGCUCAUGAGUUUUUAAGGUAUAUGCUUGAUCGUCUUCACAUGGAAUUGUUGAAUAUUUUACCAUAUCCAAGAGACAAUAAUGCUUUCUUUAUUGGGGCCAAGGGGAAAGCUACAAUUGUUACUACAAUUUUUGGAGGCAUAUUACAAAAUGAAGUGACAUGUCUUGUUUGUGGCACAGAAUCCAAGAAACAUGAUCCUUUUUUAGAUCUUUCCUUAGACAUUCCACACCAUGCAAUUAUAAAACCUUCAUCAAAUAAAUCGAAGGAGGAGGAAGUACCUAGUAUACAAUUGUUAGAUUGCUUAAGUAGUUUCACUGAAUUAGAAGAGUUAGCAGAUAGCGAAUUAUACCUUUGUCAUAGUUGCAAAUGUAAACAAAGAUCAACAAAAAGGUUUUGGAUUAGACGUUUGCCCAAUGUUCUAUGUCUUCAUCUAAAGCGAUUUAGAUGGAACAAUUUCUUUAGGACAAAAUUAGAUAACUACAUUGACUUCCCUGUUCAAGGCCUUGAUAUGAAUAAAUUUAUCCUUGUCAAUAGGCAUGAAACAAGGGGGACGUCAAGUGGUAGUACUCUUUAUGAUUUAGCUGCUGUGAUAGUCCACCAUGGCACUGGUGCUGGUUCAGGCCAUUAUACAGCCUAUGCAACACAUGAUGGAUGUUGGCAUCAUUUCAAUGAUAGUUCUGUAACCUUGACUGAUGAAAAUACAGUUGCCAGCUGCAAGGCUUAUAUUCUUUUUUACAUUCGUAGAGAGCUGAAUUUAACGCCUUUCAGUGUUUAAAACCAUCCUAUAUGACAUGCUAAUUAACUCAAUAUAAAAUGAAAAUGGUGACUUUGGUCAUGAACUAUUUCAGUAAAUGUGAAGAUGUGCAUUGUGAAAUGAAAGAAUUUAAACUAAAUUAUAACUGUUAUCUUGCUGAUAAAAUUAUGUGUAGAAGGUGGCAAAUAUUAAGGUAAGAAUGAGAAGGAUUUAAUGCUCUUCUUUGCUUCGUACUUAGACAGUGAAACAUGAAAAAUGCAUUAUAUUUGCCAAUAAGUGUGUCAUCAUGCCAUUAAGUUAUUACUGAUAUGCCUUAAAUGAUUGUCACAUGUCUGAGAAGAGUUGUGUAUUCAAGAAUGUAUCACGGAAUUGCAUAUGCUUGUGAUGUGUAACUCUUAAAUCUACACUCCAUCUUUCAGCAGUUUUCUUUCAUGGAUUUUUGAAGAAGAAAUUAAGUGAGAAAAAAUGAUACAGCUCUGGUUGUGAUGCCUAUUCUUUUAACAUGCAAUUUGACUUUUUGGCUAUUUCUUAACGUUUAUUUUGGGAUGCAAAUAAUAGCUAUGUUUUAAAAUGCAUGAAUGUAUUACUCGGAGGUAAUAUUUGGAUUUGCUUCCUUAAAAAUGUUAUUAGAAGUACCACUACACUUUUUUAAAAUGAGCAAGAAAGGUUCUCUGAUGAGGUUUUUUUUUUUUUUUUUUUUUUUUUUUUUUUUUUUAAUUAAAUUUUUACAGCUUUUGAUUGUAUUAUUAAUUUAAAAGAAAAGAGGUAUUUUGCAUGUAAUCUAAAAACAAUACAAAUUUGACAGAUGUUUAAACUGUAAAUUCAUUUUAUGUAUAAACAGAUGCAUUUAGUCUUAAUUUUUUAAUAUGAAAUUUUUUUUAAUAAAUCGUAUUUGUCAGGUUUUAAAAAUGUUCCCAUUUUGAAAAACAGAAAAAUCUUUCAGCCCCUUUUUUAAAUCAAUUUGUAACUUGAUUUGGUAUAUCAAGUAUCCAAAAAAAAAUGUUAUGUUUUAAAAUUCAAAAGUAAUUUCGUAAAAUUGUUUUAUUUUUUUUUUAAACAAAAGUAUUUUAAGUAUUUUGAUUAGAUAUUAUGAACAGAAUUUUUUCUUGUGAUGGAAAAAGUAUUGAAGUGAAUGAUGACUAUUAGAAAAACUAUAAUGAGGCAUAUUUUUCUGUAUAAUUUCAAACCAAUUUUUAAAAAUAUUUUAAUUGUUUCCAAACUGGUGCUUUGGGAUAAUUAGCUAUCUGUCAUUAAACAAAAGAAUCAUUAAUGAUAAUUUUUAAAAUCGCUGUUAGAGAAAUUAAUUACGAUUUCAUUUUUGGUUGCCUUUUUAUCUCUCUUUCUUAUGGCAACUAUGCAAAAUAAUAAUUUAAAUAAUAUAUAUCCAUUUAAAUCGUAUCAAAAUUUAAUGAAUGCUAAGUUUUAAAAUUGUGAUAAAUAUAAUGAAUGUAACAAGUUAAAUUUUUGGUAUCAAUCACAUCAGAAGAGCUCCGUGGCAAGAAUAUUGCCUCUAUGAAAUAAAUCAACUUUCUUAACUCAAAUUUAUACAUAAAAUGAAUGAAAGGGAUUUUUUUUUUUGGGGGGGGGGGGAAUUUUGGUAAGUAUUUAUAUAAAUAAUUAAUAAUAUACCACCAAAAUACAUUUGUAUUGUGGGUGGGAUUUUAAUAUAUAUUUUAUGUUAUCUGUAUGUGUGUAUAUAAUUAUGCACACAUAUAAUAUUUACACAUAUACAAAUAAUGCAUAAUAACAUAUACUAUCUAGAAAUGCCAAAUGUAGUUGAUAUUUGCAGUCUGAAUAUUUUUUAUACUAUAAUAUCAAAACUAAUAUGAAUGACAUAUUUUUGCAUUAAAAUGACUAAUUUGUCAAGAGGGAAUAAAUUCUUUUUCUCUGUUGAUUUAAAAUAUACACUUAUGUAUGAAACGUGAAGGUUUUUAGCAUAUAAUUCUGAAAUAAAGCUUUGUGCAUGCUAAGCUUGUAGAUUUCUUCCAUGUAUGCAUGAUGAGCUGUCAUGGUAUAUUGAGAUAUUAUGUCUUCCUUGUAAAAAAUAUUUUAACUGAAUUUUUCUUUUACCUACUACAUGCAGGAAAUUGUUUAAUUACUUGUAUAUACACAUAUGACCAAAUGAUUUUAUGGCCUGAUACUAUUUUCUUUACCUUGUUUAAUAAAAAAAAAUAUGGUUACAUUUUCCUAUUUAGAUCAUAAGAUCAUUGCACAAUUUAAUAUUUUAAGUUUGUGUGUGAAUAUUUGUAUGGUGUUUUUGUUUAUUGUAAUAAUUCAAAUAUUUAUUUAACCAUUUUUAAUGAGUAAUUAAAUUUUAAAUUCUUAAAUGGUGAAGUAAAUAAUUCAUUUCAAUAAUUACACUUCUCCCUCGACUUAUUAUAAACUUAUGUACUGAUUUUUUGUAAAAUGAAAGCACAAUGAUUUUUUUAGAUAUUUUGUUCUGUAAUGGUAAAAAAUGAAAAUAAAUGUAUUAUAUGUAAUGUUCUCAUGAAAGCCUGCUCUAGUUAAACUAAAUAUGCAAAAUACAGAGGCAUUUUUGAUUCUUUGACUGUAAGAAAAUUUGACUUUGAAUAUCUUAUGCCUUUUUAAAAAGUAAGAAAAUUGUAACUUUGAAAUCUAGGGGGAACUUUAAGCAACAAAUAAAUGUUUCAUAUAAUUUAAUGUUACCUUUUAUGUUUUAAACCUGUCUGUGAUCAGCUUAUAUCUGUUAUUUUUUGUGUUAUUUGUUUUGUAAAUGCAUGUCAUGUAAUUGCUUGAAAGACAGAAAUCAUGUUUUAUAUCUAUGCAAAUAUUUUAUUAAAACUUUUUCUAAUUAUUUUAUUGUGAAAGUAGAGUAGAGUAUUUUCUGCCAUGUAGGAAAAGUAAUGGGAGUUAAAAACAAAUGUAAGCGAAUCUGUGGAUGUGAAUAAAAUAAAUAAAUAAAUAAAAUAAAGCAAGAAAGAAAAAAGAAUGUAAUAGUAAAAGAUUCCACAAAUACUUGCAGCUAGAUAAUUAGAUAGAAGCUUAUAUUAAAAAACAACCAGUUUUUUUUUUUUUAUAAAUUCACUUUUGAUUAUUGUCUUAAACGAUUUAAUCUUAUCUCUUGUUUUCUAAAAAUGUAAUUGUCUAACUGCAAGUGCUUUCCUGAUAUUAAACUUUCAAAUUUUAUGCAUGGCAAAUUGUUUCAUGGAGAGUAAUUAGAGAAACAAUUUACCAUGUAAUGAAGCAGUUUGCAUAAAAUUUGAAUGUUCCAUGAAAUAGUAUGUCUCCAUUGUAAUUUUAAGAGCAUAUCUUACAGGGAAAGGAAUAUUAUGAUUAUUUAGUAUGUGGUUCUAUAUUAGAUUAUAAUUCUUGUUUUAUUUGAUAUUAUUUGGCUUCAAUUAUAUUUUGUUUAUCGUGGCUAGGUUAGAAAAUAAUUGAUCUGUGGCUGAUAAAUAUUGAAUUAAUAAUUUAUCAUUUUGGAAAAUAGCUUUUUCACAUAUUCUAUGUUCAGUUUAGUUUUCCUAAUCCAAAUUUGCAAUAAUAAAACGUUCUCGUUUGCCUGAAUAUUUAUUCCAAGCCAUGAAAGCUGAUAAUUAGAUUUUCCUUUACAAUCUGUAUUUAAUCUUAUAUGCAUAGGUUUAAAAAGAAUUGUCUUUAUAUUUUUUAAAUUGGAAUCUUGUGUUUUUUCCAUGUAUUUCAUUAGCUUAAAAAAUGUAAUUAAAAAAAAAGUUGUUGAAAGGCUUUCUUAAAAAGGGUUUUAGCUUGAUUUACAGAUCAAUCAGUGUUUCUUUGUAUGCAUUCAGUUUGAUUAUCUGAAUGAAAGAGGAUAAUACUUGUGUCAUGCAGUGUGAAAGGUUAAAAUACUGUAGUCAGGAAGUUGGCAAAGAAGUUAAAUUACAGAAAAUUAGUGCCAGGUGAUUGCCACUUUCUUUUUCCAGGACACACAGCUUUUAAUGUAUUGUAUGUGUGAGCUACAUACAUACAUACAGUAUAUCCCAUAAUCAGUGUUACAAUAAUGUUUGAGGGUGAGGAGGUGAAAUUGUUAUAUGAAAAUGAUUUACAGUUUUUCAAUAUGAAGCUUCACUUCAGAGAUAUUGCAUCAGAGAUAUAGUCAUCUGCCAUAUAAUGGCUGCCAUAUUGUUUUAGAUAGCCUGAACUGUCUGGAAAGAUCAUCUUGAUAAAAGAGAAGAGUGGAGUUAAAUGCUGAGUAAUCUGGCAAAUAAGAUAGUUUGAGCAUGACUAGGAUCUGCUUUUAAUUGAAGAAACCUAAGCUUCUCAGUUCAAACAUUCUUUGCUUUACAAGUUAAGGAUGAAGUCACUUCAUAUACUUUUUUCUGCACAGAGUAUGUUAAUGCUUUUUAAUUGACAAAUUAAGUUGCUGUAGAUUUCAUGCACAGGAUAUGAUUUUUCUAUAAAUAUAUUAAGUGGAGAAUAUAUAUAAACACAUUACUGAAAUAAAGCAGACACGCAGUUUAAAAUUAAAUCUGUAUUUUCAAAACUUGUUAAGCUGUUCAUUGAAGUCUAUUCUUUGAAAUACAUGUCUCUAUAAAGUAAUGUUCUUGCCUUCUGAUUUUUUUUGUAGUUAGUUUUUUAUUAUUCUUGCAGUAUAUGCUCAUUCAUGAUUAGUUAUCUUUUUAUUUUAUGUGUAGUUAUAUUCUUGAUUUUGUAUGAUUGCAUGGAUUUUCUUUCAUUUUUCUACCUAUAUUUGUAUUAAUCAGAAAUAGUUGAUUUUUAAUUUAAUGAAUAUUAACAUAACAAGUUGGUUUUAAUUAGGCAAUUUGUAUACUAUAUGUGUCAUAUAUAUACUUUGAAAACAAUUCAAAGGGGCUUAAUUUUUGGCUGAUAUAUUAUAAGCAAAUAAAAUUUCCAUGCCCAAAAUUAUCAUGUGUUUUUUACAAAUCCAAAUCAAUUCUUAAAUAAAUUUAUAAGCAGUUUAGCUGUAGAGAUUGCUAAUGUUGUAGUUAGAAAGAUCCUAUUUCUUGAAAAGCAUUAUUAGUAAUGAAAAAGGUAAACUUUUGCAUGGUAACUGUAUUUAAGGUAUAAAUGCCAAAGUGUUAGUUUAUCCGUCUUGCCCUUUUUUAAGCUUGGUAAUUUUUUUAUUAGCCCUUUCUCAUAAUUCUUACGCAUUUUUCUUUUUGUAUGAAUGUCUUAAAAAUUUUGAAAAUUGAGCAAAAGUAAAAUUUUAGAUAGCAAGAAAAUGC